AUGCGAGGGAACGAAAUAAACUCCAAAGUAAAAUGGAGUCGAAAUGGAUCUGAUAAUACCAGAAUUGAUCCAUAUUUUGAUGAUCCUGAAGCAUCAGUACAUUUUAUCCAGGAUGGGACAGAUGAGGACAGUGAUGAGGAUUGGAUUCGAGCUAAAAAACAUCAACGUAAAGAGUCAACCAAUUUGGAAAAAUGUCUUAUUGCGUUGGUGUUCAUUUUAAUCAUAAUCAUUCUGGUGUUAGCUGCAGUUGGCACGUUUGGAUACUACUAUACUGUCAAUAAUCAGGUAUGUUUGGAACCAGAGUGUAUUGAAAUCAGUUCUUCAAUACUGAGUUAUAUGGAUCUCAACGCAGACCCUUGUGAAGAUUUCUACCAGUAUUCUUGUGGGAGAUUCCUAAAAGAGGUCACCUUACCUGCUGGCACAGCCAAGUGGAGCUCUUUUUCUCGCGUCUAUGCUAAAAUUCAAGAAAUAUUGAAAAAGCUUCUUGAGAGUGAUGACAUCACAUACCAAGGAGAAGAGAACACGGCUGUAACUAAAGCCAAAAAUUAUUAUUCUGCUUGUAUUAAUAAGACUGGUGCUGAACUUCGUGGUCCAACACCAAUGUUGGAAUUGAUUGGUAGCCUUGGCUCAUGGACACUAACGAAUGAUAUAGUAUCUGGAGUGUGGAGUAAAGAAUCAUUCAAAUUAGAACAAUCCAUUGCCAAGGCAAAUAAACUUGGUAGUACACCUUUCUUUGCUAUGUAUGUGGCACCAGAUGAUAAAAACUCCAAUGUUAACUUGAUACAGAUUCAACAAGCUGGUCUGGGAUUGGAUUCCGAGGAUUAUUACUUUGAUAACAACACUGAAAUCCAACGUGAAGCGUACGUUGCAUAUUGUACAGAUGUAGCAAUUUUACUCGGUGCUAACGAGACUUACGCACUUCAGAGAAUGAUAGAAAUAUUUGAAUUUGAAUCACAGCUAGCAAAGUUGUUCACUGAGAAAAUUGACCAGAAAGAUCCAGAAGAAAAUUACCACAAAAUGACCAUUGCAGAUUUACAGGAGCUUGUACCAGCAAUUGACAUGAUGGUAUAUUUUGAUGCUAUAUUUGAAAAUGUGAACGAAGAUGACGAUGUUAUUGUGGUCACGCCUGACUACCUUGUCAAUAUGUCACAACUAAUACAAGAUACAGAUACCAGUCUCUUGGCUGACUACAUCGUCUUACAAACUAUAUUGCAGUUUGUAGGGUAUUUAUCAGAGGCCUUCCUUGAUAUAGUCAUGAGUUAUUUAUCAGUCACUGCAGGGGUCACUGACCUGCCGCCAAGGUGGCAGACUUGCAUAAGCCGGACUGAUGAUUCAUUGGGAUUUGUCACUGGUGCUUUAUAUGUCCAAGAAAAAUUUCCACCUCAUAGUAAGGCAAAGGUUGAAGACUUGGUAACUGCAAUCAAAUGUGCUUUUGAGGAGAAUCUCCCAAAAGUUGCAUGGAUGGAUGAAGUCACCAGAGACAGAGCAAUGAAAAAAGUGGUCUCCAUAAUAGAUAAAAUUGGUUAUCCAAAGUGGCUUGAACAUUCUAAUAAAUUACAAGAAUACUAUGAUAAGCUUGACAUAACGGUGGACAAUCAGUUUGUAAAUAUUGUUGCUGUAACUGAAUUUGGUGUCCAGAUGUUAUUUGAUAAGCUGCACAAACCGGUUGAUAAAUCAGAAUGGGAUAUGUCUCCAGCCGAAGUGAAUGCCUAUUACAACCCAUCCGGCAAUGAGAUGGUCUUCCCAGCAGCUAUUUUACAGAAUCCAUUCUACGACACUAAUUUCCCAAUGUCUAUUAAUUUUGGUGCUAUUGGUAUGAUAAUGGGACAUGAGCUAACCCAUGGCUUUGACAACAUGGGUCGUCAUUAUGAUGAAUAUGGUAACCUAGUUAAUUGGUGGCAAAAUGACUCUGCUAUUGCAUUUGAUGAACAUGCACAGUGUAUGGUGGAUCAGUAUUCUCAAUACCAAGUUGGUGAUAUGCAUUUGAACGGAGCAGCAACUAUUAGUGAGAACAUUGCUGACAAUGGAGGGCUUAAAAUGGCUCACAUAGCAUACAGACAUUGGGUAGAUACUCAUCCUUCAGAUAGAUUGCCACCAGGUUUAAAUUUAACAUCAGAUCAGCUGUUUUAUCUGGGAAAUGCCCAAGUCUGGUGUACAUACUUCACUCCAGAGUCUGCCAUUGAGUCUAUUUAUACUGAUGUACAUAGUAAUGAUAAAUACAGGGUUAUUGGUCCAAUGUCAAACUCACUGGAUUUUGCAGCAGCUUUUGGAUGUCCAGUUGGUAGUCCCAUGAACCCUGAAAAAAAAUGCACUAUUUGGUAA